UGAACCAGGGACCAGGCAUUAAGAUGGAGAAAUAUCCUUUAUUCGUGGUUCUAUUUUGUGCUGCAUUCACGACCACUGUUCUUGGAUACCCGUAUGGUGAUGUAUCAAUAGCUUGUGACUCCAUGUUACCAGACCAUGGAGGUGCACCACAGAAGUCCUCCCCACCUUGUGUUAUAUCUGUGUCUUUUGACAGAUAUGAUCCAGGAAACGAAAUACAAGUGGUUCUAGAGGGAACAUCGCCAUCUGGAUUUAAAGCAUUUAUGUUACAAGCACGAGAACUUCAUGGAAAUGUUCCUGUUGGUACAUUUCGCAUCAUAGAUCGAAACACACAAGGCCGUGCAUGUGCCAAUAUUUCGAAUUCAGCAGUAAGUCAUACAAAUCCCACAGUAAAGUACCAAGUUAAAACUACCUGGGUUGCUCCUCGUAAUACGGGAAAGAUACGACUUGUGGGAACUUUUAUCCAAGAUUAUGAUACCUAUUGGGUUGGCGUUCAUAGCAAAACCCUCUCACCCAGGUAUUCAGAUGCAGCUAAUGAUUCCAGAACUGUCAAUGGUUCUAUGACAACUAAUACCUCAGGGAUAGCCAAUGAUUCUGUAACAUCCAUUGUUUCUGAGAACACCACUGAUUCAGGCACGUAUAAUGAGAGUGAUGGAAAUUUUGAUUUCAACUCCUUGAUUGGGCCUGAGAUAGACUUUGAGACACCUGAGACAAACGAUGACUCCAACAGAGAAAAUGAGACACUUGAGAAAACCGAAGACCCCAAAAGAGGAAAUUCUACAAAGAAAAGCAGGAGGAAGUCCAUUGUGAAUUUGCAGAUAAAAUGUGGAGAGGGUGGAUCAGGCGGUGGUUCUUGUGGCCAGGGUUCAAAAGGAUACUCUCAGAGUGGGGGCAGCCAGUCUAAGGUUGUUGUAGUUAAACAAGGAAGCAGCAGUGGCUGUGUUGGGGGUGGAGUUGCAGAUGUUUACAGCAAACAUGCUUGCAGAGAUAGCGCAGCUGACAUUAGUGGUCAGUCUUCAUAUGGCCAGUCGGUGUCUGUAAAGAAAGGUCCCAAGGUGGUGUCCUACCCAGAGAGUCAACCUUUCCCACCCGAGCGUGAAACUUACUCAUCGGGUUCAUCUCCCCAAAGUGGCCCAUCAAAAGGCAUUCGUAUUACCAUUGAGAGUGGGGAAGGAGGCCGUGUGUGUGAUAAGACAUUACUGCCUCUUCUCAACAAAGUAAUUGCUGUUGCCUUUCUUUUACAGAGUUCAUCCUCCUAUAACAGCCAAGCUUGUAUCAAGGGCCAGUCUUCAGGUUCGCAGAGCAGCAGCAGCUAUGGCACACAGCAGAGUGGAUCUUCCUCAAGCCGUGGCAAACCUUGUGGUCAGGGAAUUACCCAUGACAGCAAUCCCUGCAAUCAGGACCAGUCAUCACAAAGUACAUACAACCAGGGCCAAUCAUCAUCUUCACAAAGCACUUACAACCAGGCUGGUUCCCAAUCUCAAGGCAACAGUAAUCCUUGUAACCCGAUGAAGCGCUUUCUCUUCUUUACAUUUCUGCUCUGUGGGAUCUUCGUUACACGAGUCCUCUGCCUUCCAUAUGGGAAUAUUUCACUAGCUUGUGAAUCGAUGUUGCCAGACCAAUCUGUUGAACCACAGGAAUCUGAAUCACCCUACCACAUUUCUGUAUCAUCAGACGAAUAUGACCCAGGAAGAGAAGUAAAAGUGAACAUAGAAGGAACGCCUGAUGUUGGAUUUAAAUGGUUUAUGCUGCAGGCUCGAGACAUUGAGGAAAACAUCCCAGUUGGUUCAUUUCAGAUCACAGAUCAAAAUACACAAGGUCUUGACUGUUUCAACCUUUCGAAUUCAGCAUUAAUUCAAACAAACUUGGAUGUGAAACAGAACGUAACAGCACAUUGGGUUUCACCUGAUGCUAAAAAGAUUCAAUUUAUAGCAACCAUCUUUCAAGAUCCUGAAAAAUACUGGGUUGUUGUUCCCAGUAUAGUCCUCUUUCCUAGAAAUUCCAGUGAGGCAGCAGAUGAUUCUGAAACUGAUCGUGAAUCUCAAUCAGCCCAAGUAUUACCCAAAAGCAGGAAGAAGUCUGCAGGUAUCACUCUAAGAAUAAACUGUGGCCAGGGUGGCAGUUAUGCAAGCAGCAGUGAGUGUACCAAGAUAUACCAGGGUUCCUCAUCUGGCACUUAUUCAGGCAGUCAGGGCGGUGUAGUGUACCAAGGAGGUACCAAAAAGGGUGGCUGCCUUGGUGGUGGAGUUUCAAGCGUCUACAGCAAGUAUGGCUGCCGAGAUGGAGGCAUAGACUACAAUAGCAACUCAUAUGGGCAGUCUGUGUCAACUGUAUCAGAUACCAAAAAGACUUUUCAGUAUCCUCCUAGCAAUCCCUACCCACCAGAAAGUGGACCAAAUGUGCGGGUCUGUGAUAAGGUUGUAUGA